AUGUUGGGUUACUUACCAGCCUUACGCAUGUGCUGCACGAUGUGCCGGGGUGUCUCGAUUGAUUGGCCAACAACAAGCAAGAUUCUCUCCAGUCAGCCCCGGAAGUUCUUUGACCUUCUAAGUGGUUACCCAUUUUCCAAAGGCCUACCUACAUUGAAUUCAUUACGAGAUCCUGUUACUGUCCAGGUUUUUAAGAUGGCUAUUGCUCAUGAUGGCAUCUACAAGGCUAGCCUUCGGACGGGGAGUAAGGAAUUCAAAUACGCUCUUCGGGAUAUUUGGCGCAAUGGAUGGCUGCAUGCAGUGGAAUCAAAAUGGGAUAUACGUUAUAUCUUUGCAAGCCAAAUUCACCGUUGCCCCAUCACCCACCAGAUAUGCAGGCUGCCCAGUAGCCGAGCAGAUGCUUGUCCUUGA